CCACAGACUAACACAGUUGCAUUGUGGGAACCGAAUUAGGAGUCACGUUUUGGAUCCAGCAUGGCAGGAAAACAGAAAAUCAAAAGGAAGUUGGAGGACUUAAGUGUGGACGAGUUCCUGCUAUCUGGUUUUGACUCAGCAGGUGAGGACGAUUCAGAAGAUGACUCUCCAAGCCAGAAUGGUCAGAAGUCAAAGAAGAAGGUAGUAAAAUCCACAUCUCAAGAAAAGGGUGAUGAUAAAAAGAAAGGCAAAGCUUCACAGCACAAAGACUCACUGUCUAGGUUAAAGAACAAAGAUCCUGAGUUUUAUAAGUUCCUGCAGCAGAAUGACCAGACCCUGCUCAACUUUGAUGACACAGACAGCUCGGAGGAUGACGAGGAGAGAAAGUAUCACACCCUUCCCAGUAAACUGGAGGGUGACAGUUCUGAUGAGGAAGAAGAAGAAUCCAAUAAGAAAUCCAGGAAGACUGCGGAGGUUAUCAAAGUAACCGAUAAAAUGGUGGAUGAGUGGAGAAGGGCAAUCAAGAAUGAGCCGACUCCUCGCCUCUUCAGAGAGGUCACACAGGCCUUCAAGGCUGCUGUGGCGACCACUAAAGGGGGAGAGGGAGAACCUUGUCGAUAUAAAGUGGCAGAAAGUUCAGUGUUCAACUCCCUGAUCCUUUUCUGUAUUCGAGAUAUUUACGUGGCUCUUCAGAGGAUGCUGAACUUAAAGCCAGACAAAGAUCAGAAGCCAGUGCUUCCGUCAUCCAGUCCCAAAUGGCCGAAGAACCAGGUGGACAUUAGGAUGUAUCUCAGCGGGAUUGUUCAGCUCCUCUCCUGUCUCACCGAGGCCACCGUCAUCAGCGCUGUCCUGAGGCAUGCCAACCAGCUGGUGCCCUACUACCUGUGUAACCCCAAACAGUGUCGUCACCUGCUCAAGCAACUGAUUAAGCAGUGGAGCACUGGAGAGGAGACCAAUCGUGUGCUGGCUUUCCUGGCUCUCAACAAGAUCUGCCGACACAAACAGGACACCUACCUUAACUCCAUUCUCAAGCAAAUGUACAUAUCGUAUGUGCAGAACUGCAAGUUCACGUCGCCCACUGUUCUGCCCAUGAUCAACUUCAUGCAACGGACGCUGACAGAGAUGUACUCACUGGACACACAAGUUUCCUACCAGCACAGCUUCAUCUACAUCCGCCAGUUGGCCAUCCACCUGAGGAACGCCAUGACCAUGAAGAAGAAGGAGACCUACCAGUCGGUGUAUAAUUGGCAGUUUGUCCACUGCCUGUACCUGUGGUGUCGUGUGCUCAGCACCCUCUACCCCAGCGACGUCCUGCAGCCCCUCAUCUACCCACUGUGCCAGGUCAUAGUGGGCACCAUCAAGCUGGUGCCCACAUCACGCUACUACCCUCUGAGGAUCCACUGUGUGAGAGCCCUCACCCUCCUCUCUGGCAGUACACACACCUUUGUGCCAGUUCUGCCCUUUCUGCUGGAGAUCAUCCAUCAAGUGGACUUCAACAAGAAGCCUGGUCGAAUGAGUUUGAAGCCCAUCAAAUUUGAUGUUAUUCUGAAGCUCAGCCACACCAACUUGCAGGAGAAGGCGUACAGGGAUGGGCUGAUAGAGCAGAUAUAUGACCUGAUCCUGGAGUAUUUCCACACUCAGGCCUGUUCCAUCAGCUUCCCUGAGCUAGCCCUCCCCACCAUCAUCCAGCUGAAAGCGUUCCUGAAGGAAUGCAAAGUGGCCAAUUACUGCAAGCAGAUCCGCCAGCUGCUGGAGAAGAUACAGGAGAACAGCGGCCACAUCACAGCCCGGAGACAGAGGGCCGCCUUUGGAGUGGCUGACGUGACCGCGGUGGCAAAGUGGGAGAAGCAGACUCGGGAGGAUGGAACACCUCUCACCAGGUACUACAGCCAGUGGAAGAAGUUAAGAGAGAAGGAGAUCCAGCUGGAGAUCUCUGGAAAGGACCGGAUGGAAGACUUGAACUUCCCUGAGAUCAAACGUAGAAAGAUUCAGGAAAAGAAGGCGGAGGACAAGAAGAAGUUCACAGAUCUGUUUGAGUCUGACAGUGACUCAGAUGACGACGGGGGACUUCAAUUCAAAGACAAAAAGGAGGACAAAAAGGAGGACUCAGAUGAUGAUGAAGAUCUUCAGGAGCUGUCUGACCUGAGCAGUGACGAGGGCAUGGAGGACGAUGACGACUCUGAUGAUGGUGAUGGGGAAGACGAUGAUGAAGGUGAUAAAGAAGGGCCUAAAACCUCUAAGUCACCAAAGCAGGUGUCCAGCAUGACUCUAAAAGACUUGGCCGAAGGAGAUGAGGACUUGGUGGAAGACCUUGAGAUGUCUGAUGAGGACUGAGACGGACACACACUGACAUUUCCAUUGGACUCUGGUUUUCUCCCUCUGUGUCCAGUUCAAAUAUCUUGUUCUACAUUACAAACUGGCCCUGUAUUUACAAAAAAUAAAUAAUACUGGACCUAUUA